AUGCCUAGGCGCAGAUCAGUCUAUUUCGACGAAUCAGGUGGCUUUCCUCGAUUUGAAGAUCUACAAGACGACGAGGUGGAGCGUCUUGCUCGAGAAAGGCUAAGACAGCUGAGAGACGAGAGACUUCAAAAGUCGAGUUUGAAAAAGCGCACAUACGACGACUACUGUGACCUGACACAGGACGACGAUGAGCAGCCGGCACGGCCCUAUAAGAUCAUCAAGAUGAGAAGCGGUCACGAGACUAUCGAUCUGACGGGCGGCUACUAG